CCGAGGACGCGACUUCUUGGAGAGAAGCGGAGCUUUGUAGUGAAACCCAGGAGGCUAAAACCUAAAGAGAAAAAUAGGCUGAAUAAGGAGCAGAACCAAAGAAAGGAGCAAGAAGCUGCGUUUUAAAGAGCUGUGAAAAAUGGAAGACAGUACCACAGACACAGAACAAGAAGAGGAAGAGGAGAAAGAUCAGAAGGAUCAAGAAGACCCUAUUUAUGCCAUAGCACCCACAACUAAUAUUCGAGAUGAGCGGUUUGUUGAAUUAUCUACAACUCCAGCUUUCCAUUUUCUGCAUCAGUUACAUGCCAUGGGAAAAAUUCCUGCAACCAGAAUGGCAGAGUUAAAGGCCAAGUAUACUUUGCUGCAUGAUACUGUGAUAAGCACACAAGAGUCAGAGGUCCAAAUCCUACAGGAUGCUAAACGUUUCACUGAGCGAAUACAACAGCAGCAGUUUCACCUGCAGCAAGCUGAUAAUUUUCCAGAGGCAUUCAGCACAGAGGUCUCCAAAAUGCGAGAACAGCUUCUCAAGUAUCAAAAUGAAUAUAACGCAGCGAAGGAAAGAGAGUUCCAUAAUCAAUACCGAUUAAAUAGCUUACAGGAAGAAAGAGCUGUCAUUUUAAAGGAAUUUGAGAAGAUACCCAAGCCAGGAGAAACGGAGAAGAAGAUGAAAAUAUUAAAAGAAAGCACUGAAGAAUUACGUAAAGAAAUAAUGCAGAAGAAAUUAGAAAUUAAAAACUUACGGGAAGAUUUAGCGUCUAAACAAAAGCAAUCACUAAAGGAGCAGAAAGAACUAGAAGAACUGUUGGAAUAUCAGAUCAACCUAAAGGAUGAAGUGGUCCACCAUCAAUCUAUUCCUGUACAAAUUGGAAAAGAGAUAGAAAAAACAACCCGCAGAAAAGUAGAAAUGGAAAAGAAAAAAUUGGUCUUGGAAUUUGAAGCCAAAGAACUAAAUGAUUCCCUAAAGAAAGUUGAAAAUAAAAUUAGUGCUGUAAUGGAAGAGAAAGAGGAUGUAAUAAAGGAAGUUGAAGGCAAACGAGCGUUACUUGAAAUCAGAGAACAAGAAUACAACCAGUUGGUUAAGCUAUUGGAAUUAACCAGAGAGAAUGAAGCAACUUCUCUAACUGAAAGAGGAAUCUUGGAUCUCAAUUUACGAAACUGCCUCAUCGACAAACAGAACUACCAUGAUGAACUUUCUCGUAAGCAAAGACAGAAAGAACGAGAUUUUCGAAAUUUAAAAAAGACGGAGCUGCUCUUAAAAAUGUCUUUGGAUGCACUGACUCAAACUCAAGCAUUGCAUCGAAGGCUUCUAUUAGAGACGGAAGCUUUCCCUAAAGAUGAAUCUGCAUUAUCUGAGAGAAGGAGAGAGCUCCACAAGGAAGUUGAAGUAGCUAAGAGGAAUUUGGCCCAACAGAAAAUCCUAACCGAAGCUGAGUCUAAAUUAGUAGAACAGCAACUUGCAGAAGAAAACAAGCUUUUAAAGGAGCAAGAAACCAUGCGAGAGCUGGUAUUCAACCUCGUCCGUAUGACUCAAGUCAAACUUGAUGAGAAGGAUCAAAAGUCUAAGGAUUUUCUGAAAGCUCAGCAAAAAUAUACCAACAUUGUUAAGGAAAUCAAAGCAAAGGAUCUUGAAAUCAGGAUACAUAGAAAGAAAAAACGUGAAAUUCAUCGGAGACUCAGCGAGUUUGCUAAACUGUAUGACACCAUUCGAAAUGAAAGAAACAAAUUUGUUAACUUACUUCACAAAGCUCACCAGAAAGUAAAUGAAAUAAAAGAAAGGCAUAAAAUGUCAUUAAAUGAACUGGAAAUUUUAAGAAAUAGUGCAGUUAAUCAGGAAAGAAAACUACAAAAUUCCAUGCUGAAACAUGCCAGCAAUGUCACCAUCAGGGAGAGCAUGCAAAACGAUGUGUGCAAAAUCGUAGCAAAACUCCAGGAAAUGAAAGAGAAGAAAGAAGUCCAGUUAAAUAACAUUGACCGGCUUGCCAAUAUGAUCACAAUGAUUGAAGAGGAGAUGGUGCAGCUUCGCAAAAAAUACGAAAAAGCUGUUCAGGGUCGAAAUGAAAGUGGUGUUCAGCUGAUAGAACGGGAAGAGGAAAUAUGCAUUUUUUAUGAAAAAAUAAAUAUACAAGAGAAGAUGAAACUAAAUGGAGAAAUUGAAAUACAUGUCCUGGAAGAAAAGAUCCGAUUCCUGAAACUGAGGAUUGCAGAGAAACAAAGACAGAUUCACGUAACCCAGAAAUUACUGCCAAUCAAGAGGUCCCUGGAUGCUGACAUAGCAGUCCUCCAGAUUCAGUUUUCACAGUGCACAGACAGAAUAAAAGACCUGGAGAAACAGUUUAUAAAUCCUGAGGGUAAGAACAGAGCCCGCUUCCUUCCAGGGAAAGAUAUGACUCAAGAAGAAAUGAUCAAAAAAUUGGAUGAGCUGGAACUACAGCUGGCCCAGAAGGAGGAGAAGUUAUUGGAGAAGGACUUCAUCUAUGAACAGGUCUCCCGUCUCACGGACAGGCUCUGCAGCAAAACUCAGGCCUGCAAGCAGGACACACUGCUCUUAGCCAAGAAGAUGAAUGGCUAUCAGAAAAGGAUCAAAGAUGCAACUGAAAAAAUGAUGGCUCUUGUUGCUGAGCUGUCUAUGAAACAAGCUCUGGCCAUUGAACUCCAAAAGGAAGUCAGGGAGAAAGAAGAAUUCAUCAUCUCUUGCAAUUCCAGGCUAGAAAAGGGCCUGCCACUCAAUAAAGAUAUUGAGAGAGAAUGGUUGAAGGUACUUCGAGAUGAAGAAAUAUACACAUUGGCCAUUGCUGAAAGGUCUCGGGAGUUCUCAGAGGCAGAUAAUCGCCAGCUGCCGAAUGGUGUUUACACAACUGCAGAGCAACGUCCAAAUGCCUACAUCCCAGAAGCAGAUGCCACUCUGCCUUUGCCAAAACCAUAUGGUGCUUUGGCUCCUUUUAAGCCCAGUGAGCCUGGGGCCAACAUGCGGCACAUAAGGAAACCUGUUAUAAAGCCAAUUGAAAUCUGAAUAUGGGAACCAAUCCAGGUUUCCCAAGAGGAGGACUUCAACAAGGCUUCAUGCGCCCACAACUGGAAAAUGUGAGCAUAAUUCUCAAUUGCAAAUAACGUACCCACAACUAAUCAACAAUGGAACACAGCAAUCACUUUCUUUACACCUACCAACUACUAUAUUUUACAUGAAGUUGAGUAGGACAUAGAAUUGUCCUACAAUUAUGUCAAAGCAUAUCUGAAUUUCUCAUUUUCUUUUUCACCCUGUAUGUUGACUAUCAUUCAGAAACAUAGCAGGCAAGAUACUGUAAAGAUGCAAUGAAAAUAAAGGAGUUUUCAAUGAAAUACA